GAGGAGCGAAGAUGUCAGCCAUACGCCUUUCCGCCGAGAGAGCGUCCACGGGAUCUUGGUCUGAUCGAUCAAAUCCACGAUCGCAGCUUUACGUGGGGCGCACCUUACGCUCCACCUGCGUGCUACCUCUACGAUGGCUACAUCAUGUUGCCCUCACUAGGCCUCGAUGCAGAAAUCGUCGAAGUCCAAAAAGUUGCACGCGAAUUUGCACGUCGAGAAAUGUAUCCGAAUAUGGCGAAGUGGGAUAAAGAGGAGCACUUUCCUGUAGAGAUGAUGAAAUAUGCGGGAGAGCUAGGAUUCGGUGCAAUUUACUGUCAAGAAGACUUCGGUGGAUGUGGUAUGAGCCGUCUUCACGCCUCAGUAAUCUUCGAGCAGUUAGCAGCUGGUUGUGUUUCAACUGCUGCUUACAUGAGCAUUCAUAACAUGUGA